CUAGAAAAAAAAUCUUGUCAACUUAAGAGCACGUAAGCUUCUCUCUCACAUUUUCUCGUGUUCUCCAAGCAAACGGUGCGGUUAGAAAGCUGUCUGAGCAGGACGCCACUAAAACACCAACAUGGGGUGCUUCUUCUCCAAGAAAUCCAAAAGGAAGUCGCCCGAAAAAGAGGACCGAACGCCAACAACGACGACUGUCGAAACUACGACGACAGGCAACGCGGUUCCCCUUGGCAACAACACCGACGAGGCACCAAAGCAGUACAGCUGGGAUAAGAGGGAAAAGGUUGAUCCUAAAGACUACAUGCUCACAGGGCUCAAAGACGUCACGGUGGGCCGUCUGCCUGGCAAACUGAACGGCCAACAGUUUGUCAUCCAGGAGUGUGAGAACUGCAACAUCUACGUGUUGGACCACUCGGCGACCAUCACCAUCGACGACUGCAUCAACUGCCGCAUCGUCCUGGGACCCGUCAAAGGCAGCGUGUUCUUCAGGGACUGUAAGGACAUUAAGUGCGUGGUGGCCUGUCAGCAGUUCCGCACGCGGGACUGUAAAAAGAUGGACGUGUUCCUGUGCUGUGCCACUCAGCCCAUCAUCGAGUCGUCCACGGGGAUGAAGUUCGGCUGCUUCCAGUACUUCUACCCCGAGCUGGCCUACCACUUCAAGGACGCUGGGCUCAGCAUAUUCAACAACAACUGGAGCAACAUCCACGACUUCACGCCUGUGUCUGGAGAGAACAACUGGAGCCUGCUGCCGGAGGCUUCAGCAGUUCUGGAUUUCGUCCCGGUGCCGGACCCGGAGUCUGAAUUCAAGUCUCUCCGGAUCUCCGGUGAUGCCUCACGCAGCAUCGUACCUCUGACCAAGGGAGGGAGACGUAAGGACAGCGAAGAGUCCUGCCUCUUUGUCUUCUUUGCUGGAGAGUACAGCACGGCGAACGCUCGCAAACUGAUCGAUGAGGCGUCUGUUAAAGGUUUGAAGCUGAUUCAGACGAAGGAAGUCUCAAUGCGACCUGAAGAUGUGAAGAGAGUGUUUCAGAACAGUGCAGAGGAUCUGGUGGAGUGGAUCACCAAAGGUCCGGUCAUCGCCCUCGAGCUGAACGGUGACGGAGUUGUGGAGGCCUGCAAGAGCCUCGCUAACGACGUGUUCAGUGGAACUAAGGUUUAUGUGUCUGAUAACAAAAAUACGUCCUCUCGAGACGUGGACAACUUCUUCAACUUUGCUGAUAUGCAGAUGGGCUUGUGAAACUGCUAGUCACAAACUGAAUAUGAUGUUUAAUCCCACCAUACCUUCCAGCUGGGGUUAUAUAAGACAAACGUUUGAUUAUAUGCUGGUUUUUGUUAUCAAAACUUAGCUAGGAAUGAAAAAUAAUAAUGACUACGUUUUGAUAAAGCCUCGAUAAUAACAAUUCAGUUGAAUUCACCUCCGAUCAUCCACAAACAUUUGCUGUAAACCACUGAACAACCAUUAGUUGCUAUGAGUGCUGUGAAUAUUUAUAUUUCUAUGAAUGUAUUCAGUUAUUGAUUGUGAAUGUAGCUCUUUGCUGUAGAAGUCAUUUUAAUUUAUAGCAUUUGUUCUCGUUGUUGUUUGAAACAAUCGUUUCAGCGGGGAAAAAAAGCACAAGGAUGCCUGAGGGAAAAUAUUUUAUAUCAACUUAAAUCAUAUUUUAUUCAUUGUCAGGAUUGAUCUGUGGACGUCAUAAAGAACAUAUUCUGAAAUGAAACAAUGUGUAUAUUUGAAACAUGCUGUGUAGACAAUAACAUCUUUAUUGAUACCUGUUAGGCCAAAGGUGAAUCAUUUAACAAUGUUUUUCUUUGUUGCUGUCGUUCAGAUAAACUGAAAACGUUGCUGUUUAUGAUGUUAUUUUGUAACAUUUGUUUUAUACUCUACUGAAUGUUUUUGUAUAGACAUAAAUUCAUGUUGUUGAAUAUCAUUUAUAGUAAAAGUUUCAUUACAUACA